GUUAAGCACCUGUGGCGCCAGAGAACCAGCGUCACCAGCCAGUCAGCCAGUGAUGUUCAGGAUCUGACCAUCAUGGCGGGCCCAUCCAAGAAUCCUGAGAAGAGGCAGGCAUCCCUGACCAGCUUUUUUACCCCAAAGACCGUCAAUGGCCUCUCACAGUCCAUCCAGAGGAACCGCCAGACCCAGGACCAGCGACCGUCGCCACCUGGGCGCGAUGUCGCCGACGGCAGUCCAUCUUCCCGCAAACGUCCUCUCCAAGAAGACACAGAUCAUGGAAAUGACGCACCCGAAGAGCCCUCCCUGAAGCGUGCCAGGUCAAAAGACCAGUCGCCGCAGCAGAUCGCUCUCUCGCGCAAGCCCUCUUCCCCUCGGCUCGAGACAUCGUCCACCGCGGUCAAGGCUACUACUGCCCGAGCAGGUCGCUACGUGUAUGAUGAGUCGCGACCGACCAAUGGUGGAAAUGACCCUCAAGAUGAUGAUGCGAACGAGGAUGCAGCUUCGCAGCGGCGGAAGGAGGAAUUACAUCGGAAAUUCGUCAAGAAGCUCGGACACCCAGACAGUAUGGUCAUGAUCAAGCGCCGGAAUUUCCAGAUAGACGAUGACACAGCCGCAUUGGACGAGGAGGCCGAGGAUGGAGACGAUGCUGCCGAAGAGGAGGCAGCUCGACCCGCCAAAUCAAACAAGAAGAAGGGUGCCAAGACCGGCAAGCUUACACCCAUGGAGAUCCAGUUCCUGGACAUCAAGAGGAAGCACAUGGACACAGUUCUCAUCGUAGAGGUCGGCUACAAGUUCAAAUUCUUCGGCGAAGACGCUCGCAUUGCUGCAAAAGAGCUGAGCAUCGUCUGUAUCCCCGGCAAGUUCCGGUAUGAUGAGCAUCCUUCCGAAGCCCAUUUAGACCGAUUCGCUUCUGCAAGCAUUCCAGUACAUCGCCUCCCGGUUCAUGCGAAGAGACUGGUAGCGGCCGGGCACAAGGUUGGCGUUGUCCGCCAGAUCGAGACAGCAGCGCUCAAGAAGGCGGGAGACAACCGCAAUGCGCCCUUCGUUCGCAAGCUCACAAAUGUCUACACGAAAGGAACCUACGUCGAUGAGCUCGGAGAGUUGGAUCAGUCCACGAACAAGGAAGGCAGUGGCGCUCCGGCAGGCGGCUACCUGCUCUGCAUUACCGAGUCUCAAGCCAAAGGCUCCGGUACUGAUGAGAAGGUGGACGUGGGCAUGCUGGCCGUCCAACCAGCCACCGGAGAUAUCAUCUACGACACCUUCGAAGACGGCUUCAUGCGCCGCGAGAUCGAGACUCGACUUUUGCACAUCUCGCCUUGCGAGUUCCUCAUUGUCGGUGACCUGACCAAGGCUAGCGACAAGCUCCUCCAACACCUCUCUGGAAGCAGUACCAACGUGUUUGGGGACCGGAGCCGCAUUGAGAGAGUCCCAAAGGGCAAGACUAUGGCCGCCGAGGCCUACUCGCAUGUGACACAAUUCUAUGCCGGAAAGCUCAAGGACAACGACGAGCGGGCUUCGUCUCUGCUCGAAAAGAUUUUGCACCUCCCAGAAGCCGUCACCAUCUGCCUGUCGGCAAUGAUCAAUCAUCUGACCGAAUACGGUCUAGAGCAUAUUUUCGACCUGACCAAAUACUUCACCUCGUUUUCUACGAGGACACACAUGCUUAUCAAUGGCACGACGUUGGAAAGCUUGGAAGUCUACAGGAACCAGACCGACCAUUCAGAAAAAGGCAGUCUCCUGUGGGCAAUCGACAAGACCCGUACAAGAUUUGGGCAAAGACUGCUGCGAAAGUGGAUUGGCAGGCCCUUGCUUGACAAAGAGCAGCUUGAGGAGAGAGUGGCAGCCGUCGAAGAGUUGCACGAGAAUCAGUCCAACUGGAGGGUUGACAAGCUCGAGGGCCUGCUGACAAAUAUCAAGACGGAUCUCGAGAGGAGUCUCAUUCGUGUCUACUACAACAAGUGCUCCCGGCCAGAACUCUUGAACACGCUGCAAAUACUGCAGAAGAUUUCUAUGGAAUUCCCCAAGAGCAAAAUCAAGACACCCGAGGAUACAGGCUUCAAGUCCACACUGCUGAGGGAAGCGGUCUGUUCUAUACCACAAAUUGGCGAGGUGGUAGUUUCUUUCUUGGAAAAGAUCAACCCAGUAGCGGCCCGGCAAGAUGACAAGUACAACUUCUUCCUCGAGUCGGAAGAGACGGACGACAUCACAGAACACAAGCUCGGCAUCGCGGCGGUGGAGCAGGAGCUGGACGCCCACCGGGCAGAGGCAGCCGCCAAGCUUGGGAAGAAGACACCGGUAUCGUACGCCACAGUCGCGGGGAUCGACUACCUGAUCGAAGUCCCCAACACCGACCUGAAGAAGGUGCCGGCCUCCUGGAUAAAGAUCAGCGGCACCAAGAAGCUGUCCCGCUUCCACACCCCCGAUGUUGUCCGCAUGAUCAGUGAGCGCGACCAGCACAAGGAGUCGCUGGCGGCCGCAUGCGACCAAGCCUUCAAGUCGCUGCUGUCCUCCAUCGGCGCACAAUACCAGCCCCUGCGCGAUGCCGUCUCCGCCCUGGCCACGCUCGACUGCCUCUUCUCGCUCGCCCAGGUAGCAUCCCUCCCGGGGUACACCAAGCCAACCUUCCUCCCAUCCUCGACCCCUCCCACCGUCUCCAUAACAGAGGGCCGGCACCCAAUCGCCGAGCACACCCUCCCCAACGGCUACAUCCCCUUCACCGCCUCCCUCUCCAGCCCCUCCCCCCUGGCCCACCUCAUCACAGGCCCCAACAUGGGCGGCAAGUCCUCCUUCGUCCGCGCCGUCGCCCUCCUCGUCCUCCUCGCGCAGGUCGGCUCCUUCGUGCCCGCCGGCUCCAUGUCCCUCACCCUGAUGGACAGCAUCCACACGCGCAUGGGCGCCCGCGACAACCUCUUCCGCGGCGAGAGCACCUUCAUGGUCGAGGUGUCCGAGACGGCCGCCAUCCUGCGCUCCGCCACGCCGCGCAGCCUCGUCGUCCUCGACGAGCUCGGCCGCGGCACGUCCACCCACGACGGCGCCGCCAUCGCCCACGCCGUGCUUGACCACGUGGUCCGCGAGACUAAAUGUCUGACACUGUUCAUCACCCACUACCAGAACCUCGCAAAGGUCACCCAGGGCUACGGCGGCCUCGUGAGGAACGUCCACAUGCGCUUCACCGCCACUAAGCCCAACACCGCCGCCGGGAACGGUGACGGGUCCGACAGCGGGGCCGACGAUGGGCCGGAUGCUGAUGAGGACAUCACGUUUUUGUACGAGGUUGCUGAAGGUGUUGCGCAUCGGUCCUAUGGGCUGAACGUCGCAAGGCUGGCCAGGAUCCCGAAGAAGGUGCUGGAGGUGGCCGCCAAGAAAUCGAGAGAUCUGGAGGACGAGAUCAAGUCGAGAAGGCUACGCGGCGUCGUGUCUCUAAUGAGUGACGUGCUGGGUGGGAAUGUGAACAAUCAGGUCAUUGACCAAUUGAUCUCUGGUGUAGAACAGCUAUAGCUUACAAUAAUGGCCAGGAACGCCCAUGUGUGCAAGUUGUUAUCGCUUCAAGCAAGGUUUGCGACCACGAACCUGAAAGUCAC